UCUACAUAUGUUAAAUCAAACUAGUAUAGUUGAGAAAAUUAAUUAUACAAAACGAGGCAUGAUUUUCACAUAAAUUUCCUAACCAUUACUGCUCGAAUCCAAAUAAAUAGAUCAGGCAGUUAGUCUUCAGAUAUCUAUCAUCCAAAUAAUCCAACUUUACAGCUCUCAAAUAAUAUUCACCUAGUUUCAGACACUAACAAUCUGUAAGUCUCAGCACCUAAAAACUGCAGAUGAAUAACCUUAAGGCUUUUGCAUCAUCAUUGAGAACAACAGUUUUCCUGCUUAUGAUCUUGCUAUUUACUAAACCAAUAAACUCCAAAGAUUUUCUUCAAUGCAUGGCAUCUAAGUUUUCUACUACUAAUGUUUAUACAAAAGAAUCAGCUUUAUACCCCUCCCUAUUAUUAAAAUCACAGAAAAACCCAAGGUGGCUGAACUCCACCUUGGCCUUUAAACCCCUCUACAUAGUCACCCCAUCUCAGGAACCUGAGAUUGGAGUUACUGUCCUCUGCAGCAGAGAGCAUGGCUUUCAGGUGAGAGUUCGGAGUGGAGGGCACGACUACGAGGGCCUAUCCUACCUGAGCAGAGCUCCUUUUGUCCUCAUCGAUCUUGUCCACCUUCGCGAGAUCAGGAUCAACAUGGAGGAUCAGACGGUAUGGGUUCAGUCCGGGGCAACGCUAGGGGAGCUCUAUUACAACAUUGCACAGAGAAGUAGUACCUAUGGUUUCCCUGCAGGUGUGUGCCCUACAGUCGGAGUCGGAGGCCAUAUCAGUGGGGGUGGGUUCGGGGCUCUGACAAGGAAGUAUGGUCUGGCGGCUGAUCAUGUGGUGGAUGCUCGCUUGGUUGACGUGAAUGGGCGAGUUUUAGACCGGAAGUCAAUGGGAGAGGAACUGUUUUGGGCUAUUAGAGGUGGUGGAGGGGCAAGUUUUGGGGUGAUUACUGCAUGGAAGAUUAAAUUGGUUCCAGUUCCACUUACUGUAACAGUCUUUACAGUCCAUAAAACUCUUGAGCAAGGUGCUAAUAAGCUCGUUGACCGAUGGCAACGGAUUGCAGACAAGUUGCCAGAUGAUCUGUUCAUUAGGAUCAUAGUUCAGAAUGUGGGUGGUGGAAGUUACGGUGUAAAGAAAACUGUUCAAACUUCUUUCAACUCUAUGUUUCUUGGGAAUGUUCAGAGCCUAAUCUCAGUAAUGAAGCUAAUCUUCCCAGAGCUUGGAGUGGAGGCAAAAGAAUGCAAAGAACUGAGUUGGAUUGAAUCAAUUCUAUACUUUGCUGGGCACCCAAGCGGCACAUCAAGGGAAGUUCUCCUAGACAGAGAUCAUCAACUUUAUAAGAGCUACUUCAAGGCGAAAUCUGAUUUUGUAAGCCAAAUCAUACCUGAAACUGCCCUUCAACAAGCAUGGGAGAGACAAUUACAGGUAGAUGAGGCUUACAUGGUGAUGGAACCACUUGGUGGGAUGAUGAACCGCAUACCGGAAACCCAAGUAGCUUUCCCUCAUAGAGGAGGAAACCUAUAUAACAUACAGUAUAUAGUGAAGUGGAAGGUGAAUGAGGCUGAGGAAGCUAGUAAGCAUAUUCACUGGGUGAGAAUGCUUCAUACAUUUAUGAGUCCAUAUGUUUCUAAGUCUCCAAGAACUGCCUAUUUUAAUUAUAGGGACCUUGAUUUGGGCAUUAAUGGGAUUAAUGGAACUACAAGCUAUCUGGAAGCUAGAGUUUGGGGUACCAAAUAUUUCAAGAACAAUUUCGAGAGGUUGGCCAAGGCAAAGAGAAGAAUUGAUCCAAGUAAUUUCUUCAGAGAUGAGCAGAGUAUUCCUCCUUUUGGCUAA